AACAUUUCAGCCAUAAACUUGUUGUAUUGUGUUAUCAUCUAAUACGUACACAGGUAUACAUAUACAUAUAUCAAACAUCACGAGCAGAGUAAACGGAGUAAAGCCAUUAAUCAUUUGCAGGAAACAAAUCAUUUCAUAAUCAUGAAUAUCAGUUUAAGACACAUUGUGGCAAUGGGUGCAUGUACUUUUGCGAGUGCUGUAACUAUAUUUCCACACACUAGAGGUUUAGAAUUAUAUAGGCAGUUUAAAGCUAAAUAUCGCCUGGAUCAAUCAGAAGAACCUGUUAAAGAGAAAUUUAAAAUAAUGUUUGAAGAGGUAAUGAAUGAUUUAAAAUUAAACCAGGAGCAAAGAGAAAAGCUACGAAUUUUCAAUGUUUGUGGUUACGAUGUGUUUCAUGCUGGAACAUUGUCAAGAAAGCGGGGUGGAGUAGUCGGAAUUCCAAUGAAUUUUGAUUAUGAAAGCGUAGAUACUAUAAAUAAAAACGAUAUAAUAUUAAAUGAUAAGCCUAUCCCUUGGCAUCAACAAGAAGCAAAAGAUUUCUUAGAAUCUCUAGUACUUUCAGAAAAUGCUAAGAAAUUUGCACUAGCCAGAGAAAUUUUGAAAGUAAGAGAGCAUUCUAUAGAGAUGGAUACAAUAAGUUGUCUAGGACAUUUUCUAUUGUUAUUUUUUAUCUAUGAUACAUUUCAUAAAAGAAUGGUGCUUUCUGAGCGAAAAGUAGCCCGUUUCAUGAUUGCUUCUGCUGUAUGUGUAGGAGGAAUUGCUAGUUUCUUUGGAUUAUAUAAUUCAAAUCAAUAUACGAAUGAUUUUAAAGUAGAUACAAAAUUAUCUAAAUUAGGUCCUGAAUACAUUGAAGGAGGCAAAGAAUUUUAUGAGAAAUUAUUAAAGAGAAAUAUUGCUUUACGAACUCUUUUAGGAAAAAAUGGCGAAAAGUUAUUUACAAAGAAUGGGAAUGAAAUCUAUUUCCUAUGGUCAAAGCGUUUAUCAAUUCACGAUAGGAGAAACUUUUUAGAAAGUGGAACAUAUUAAAGAACUAGCAUGAUAUUCUUUCUCUGUCUCAGAAAAUGUAGUUCAAUAAAUUGAAUAAUCAUUUUGUAUCUAUUUCAAAUAUAUAUAUUAAUAAUGAAU